AUGCCGAUAUCUUCAGGUGCUGUUCCAUUCUCGCCGAGAGUGACUGAUAAGAGAACCGUUCAUGAAUUUGAAAAAUCACCAUAUUCCAUUGUACGAUCAUCUUCAUUGAAUUACCAUGCAACACAACGAAUAGCUUCGUUAUCACGUCCAAAGAUACGUCGAGAUACCAUGAUUCGAGACGGCUUCGAUCGUGAUUAUAGUAAUCCAAGAUACUCCGGCGUCACUCGUGCUGCAGCGAACGCUGGGUGUUCCGAUCGUCUGAGUGAUUUGGCUAGACCAGUUCCAUUGCCUGUAGAGCAUAAAUAUGAGUUAUCUUGUCCUCGUCCUAUAUCACGUGCUGCACUCAGCUAUCAUGCAUCAGCAAGAGUUCAAGAAUUAGCUGAAGCGAAGAAACCAGCAAACAUGGAAACUCCGAAAACAUCCUACGAAGAUAAUAUUGAUCCUGAUUAUAUUCAUAUUGUUUUACGUAGUGGACUAACAUCGUUUCGGGAUGCAUUUGUGGUUACUUGUCGUUCCUCUGAUCACCCACAUAAUCAAUGUGGACAAUGUAAAGCAUGUCUAGUUGAUUCUCGUAUACAAGAAGCGAAAGACUGGUGGUUGCAAACGAAUGAUCUAGUUCGGCGACGUUUUCUUCUGGCUUUGAUAAGCCGUCUUAAACUUGAUCUACUUGACCAUUUAGCACAAAUUCUGAAACCAUUUGUGAAUGCCAAAGAUUAUACAUAUGCGCGGAAUAAAGUCGAUCGCUGUACACGACCAUCGACAGGUAGUGCGAAAAGAACGCAAGAUAGUGAUCCUAUCAAAAGACAAGAAGAAGCAACGAAACUCAUUCAAUGGUUCAACGAUGAAGAUAAAUAUUCACAAGGCUCAUUCAUUCUCAGCAUUCUUCAAUGGUGUGAUGGACAUUUAAUCUUUACAAUUGCGGUCAAUAUUUUCUCAAUCCAAGAUAUGGAUUCGGAUGAUGAAGAUUGUCAUAAUGAUUGGAAUAUCACUAAUCGUUCGAGAUUCUCAUCAGCAGUAACUGUUCCAACUCAAACUGCAAUGUCGAUACCAUCUGCAACAGCUCCUAUACUCAAGCGUCCCAAAACCUCAGGCCCAUCAACAACACAUCGAAAAAGUGCAGUGUCGUUUGCUUUACCACUAUCGAAUAAUAACGAUUCCGAUAUCGAAACACCAAGUCCAACGAAACGCGCGCCAAAAUAUAAAGAUUUCAUUCGACAACUUCCAAUCUAUUUAGCAAAAUCGAUUUUAAACAUGUUGGAUAUUCAAUCACUCGACAAGUGUAAACUUGUUUCCGCUUAUUGGAAAAAGAUGGUCAUGGAAGUAGCUGAAGAUGCUGAAAUGACAAAAUUGCGUUACGACGAUGUAAUGCUUCUACAAAGUUCAGCAGCAUUACAGUGUAAUCCAUAUUUUGCACGAGACAUUCUCGUACCUGUACCGGAUUUAUACCGAACGACGACCGAUGAAACAGCAGCAAGAAAGAAAAAGUCAUCGAAUGAUAAAGAUAUAUCCGGAUGGAACAAAAUCUACGAAACAAUAAAAAUUCCGACCCGUUACGUUCUCAUGGAAGAGCGUAACGUUUACUGUGGACCGUACAAUGUACUUUUAUUAAAAGAUGAUUCAGAACGUCAUCGUCCAGCACACAUGAGUGGGGAGAGCGUUGUAGCUAUUGCCUCACGAGACAGUCGAGUACGAUUGAUCGAUAUGCAAUCAGCACAAGAAAAAUCAAUCGUACUAGUUGGACAUGCAGCUUCGGUUCACUGUAUUUAUGUACAAGAAGAUAAAAAACGAGUUUUUACAGGUAGUUAUGACUUGACUGUUCGAUGUUGGAGCUUAGAAACCGGUCGUUGCAUGAAACUAUAUCAUGGACAUGAGCGAACUGUAACUUGUUUAGCUGUUUUUCUUGAUUUCAUUGCUGCCGGUGGAAAUGAUAAUAUUUGCCUAGUUUGGAGAUACAAACGCCAUCGACCUUGGAGAGUCUUUAAACAUAGACAUCCAGUAUCUUGUGUCGCUAUUAAUGACGACAUAACUGUCUCAGGUGAUAUUCAAGGAAAAAUCAAAGUCUGGCACAAUCUUUCGGGAACAUUCAUCAAAUGUGUUCGACAUCGUUUAGCAAUAACGGAUGUGAAAUUCGAUAAAUGGCAUAUAGCAUCUUCGUCACGUGAUAACUAUGCUAAUGUUUGGACAACACAAGGCACAUUGAAUAAACCGUUGAGUGCCCUUCGUCAUCCGAAAGAAGUUCUCUGUAUCGAAUAUUUAUAUCUUCGUAUCAUAACUGGUUGUGCUGAUGGGAAAAUACGUAUUUGGAAUGCACUGAGCGGCUCUUGUCUUCGCGUUAUGCGUGGCAACAGUGUUUCGGAACCUGUUACCAGUCUCGUUGCUACACCCCAUAGACUUCUUGUAAAUACAAAGAGCAGUUUAUUACUGAUGAACUUCGAACCAAUUACAUUCGACUACACGCUUGAGGAAGAUGUGCCACCAGUAAGAGAAACAUCUACGUCGCCAUUAUUAUCAGCAACAAAACGAAGAAGUGCAAGUGUUCGAUCGCGACAAUCGUCAGCAUUGUCUACACGUCCAGCAUCGGAAAUUAUCGAAGAGAAGAAGAAAGAAGUGACGAUAGUAACAAAUAAAGAAUCUCCUGGUCAGGGUUUAUCAUUAGAAGAAACAAAAGAAUUACUACGAAGACAAAUUCGCGGUGGCGAAGAAGAGAAACGAAAUUUAGUCCCAGAUGAAUUUCAAAGAAUUCAACAAUCAUCUUUCUACAAAGCCGAUAGAAGUCAAGACGAUACUGUAUGUGCUGAACAUCGUCCUACACCGUUAAAAAUGAUGAAUCGUCCGCCUUCUUCACCAAGCCGAUUCGAUUUACGAAAGCAUAUGGCCAGUACUGAGUCUAUAUUCUACACUCGUCCUCCUACUGAAGUUGCUUCACUUCCUCCCAAUGCUCCUCUAAGUCGUUUCGAUAUUAUUCAUCGUCCACCAUCUCGCAUUCGUGUUCGAUCAUCUCCACGGCACGUCGAAGUAACAUCCUCGCCAUUGAAACUAUCGUCUUCUGAUGAAGACAAACCUCAGCAAACACCGAAACCUAUAAGACCGCGAACAAGUCCACCAAUUCCAACUUAUGAAGUGAAACGCGGUGGUAAAAUUUAUCGCGUUGUCGUUGGUUACGUCAGUCCACAUACGAGUCCCUUGCAACGACGUGCCUUACAUUUAAAAACGAACGAAGAACUCGAUACAGUUUUAAAACAAAUUAAACAACAACAGAACAUCCAACGAGCUACAAAACAACAAAUUUGGAUGGGCUUAUCGACAUCAUAG